CAACGCGACACUUUCCACGAAUUACCGGGUACUGCCGGGCAGCGUAGUACUCUCGAACAGUGGAAGUGUUUCGGCGCGUUGGUAUCCUUCGCACGCGGCGGAGCACCCUACUUCCGGUUUAUCCCAAGUGUUAGCAUCGCGUCGCAUUCUCACCCUUGCGAUCUCGCGGAUCGACGGAUAUUCUAUUUGAUCGGAAAAUACACGGCGAAAGCGCGCGCUUUCGCGAGAGGGACGGAGAGAGAUAAAAUAUAGAGACGAAAAGGAAGAGGGAUGCACGUGGUGUUCUGAUGAUUUUAGAGGUUUCUCCUUCGCGAGUGGCCCAGGGAAAGCGCACAAACAUGACCGUAUGAGAUCAGUCUUCCUCUCGAUAGAGUAAAAUUCUUCGGAGACGAAGACGCGCAGAGAGACGCAAUGGAUUGCGACGUUACCGCGUGCAGGCGGUAGUGCUUGUAAGCCGGGGGGUGCUCGAAGCAUCUACGCGGGAGAGAAGAUUCUAUUUAUCGCCGAUCCCGCGCUUUCUCCUUCGGCUCUCCCCCGUUCGUCGUCCCCGUCUCGUCCGCCGUCCGUGAGAAUCGUGCGUCGCUUAUGAUGGAUAUAUUUUCGAAUGGAUUGCUCGCGCCGAAUGGAUUGUCGAUCAACAACGUGGAGAUAGCCUCCUAUCACUCGUCCUUUUGCUCACCACCGAUCACGGAAGCGUCUCGAUCUGGUUACGAUUCUAGCAGCGGCGGAGAGUCCGACAACGAGUACAGUACAGUUAGCCAAGGCAGUCAAGUACAAAGUCAAGCGCAAAAUCAACUUCCCAGUGUCACAAAUUACGGGCAGGGAAAACACAUAAAUAAAGGACGAUGGACCAAAGACGAAGACGCUUUAUUGAAACAGCUAGUAAGCAACGCGGAACAACAGGGCUUGCGAUGGGACAUUAUAGCCAGCCAGUUUCCAGAUAGGAGCGAUGUACAAUGUCAACAGAGAUGGGCGAAGGUCGUGAACCCGGAACUGGUCAAGGGUCCAUGGACGAAGGAGGAAGAUGAAAAAGUGGUAGAACUUGUACGAAAGUAUGGUCCGAAAAAGUGGACGUUAAUAGCGCGACAUCUUAAAGGUCGGAUUGGCAAACAGUGCCGAGAACGAUGGCACAAUCAUUUGAAUCCGGAGAUAAAGAAAACUGCAUGGACGGAGGCUGAAGACAAAAUAAUCGUUGAUGCCCAUCGUAGAGUCGGCAAUCAAUGGGCAAAAAUCGCUAAGCUCUUACCGGGUAGGACUGACAAUGCCAUUAAAAAUCAUUGGAAUAGUACGAUGAGAAGAAAAUAUGAAGGUGAAGAAGGAAGAAUUGCGACCAAAGGUAUUGUUUACCAUGGCAGAGGCAAGAGAAAAAAUACACAGGGUACUAUUGUAACGGAUACGCUUCUUCUGGAAGAUGAUCAGAAUCAGAUGAAAACUGCCUCGACUAGCAGUUCGACAGUAACAGCGGGUAGCUCCUCGCAGAAUCUCGAGCAUCUGGAUUGGGUCAGAAAUUGGGAACACCAUGCUACGGCGGGAUACCAGAACGCUCUGGAACUAAACAGGCAUACACACGGCAAUGAAAAGUGCGCGUCUCCGUUAAAGAGAGGAUCUUCACGAGCGAAAGCCGAGACAGUUUCGUCAUUAUCUAAAUAUUUCAACUUGCAACAAAUACAAAACGAAACAUCUGGUUCGAAGAGCUCUGAGAUAAAACUGAUGCCGAUGCCAGAUUUGGAGGAUAUACCCGAGCAGCACGUGGAUAAGAAGAGUAGCCCUCCGCCUAUAUUACGUAGACGUAGAAACGCGCACAGUUUGCUGCAGAGGAUAGACGUCUCCGACAGUGGGAAUCAGUCGGAUUACAUCGUAACGAGCCAACAGAUGCAAACGGGAAACAUCACUCCUUCGACUCCUAUCAAGCAACUUCCAUUCAGUCCUUCGCAAUUCCUGAACAGUCUGAGUCCGUCGGAGACGUGGCCGCGCGCAAGUACGCCCAAAGGAAGCAGUCCCGGCCCGCUCACGACUCCGCAGCCUACCGGUUUCCGAAGAAGUCAAAACGACGGUAAUACACCAAGAACACCAACCCCAUUUAAAAACGCUUUGGCUGAGCUCGAGCGACGAACCGGAGCGGCACAGUUGCCCGCUACUCCUAGUCGUCUAGAUGCAUUGACCGAAAUAAUAAAGCAAGAGACCGAGAACGAGGCUGGAACGAGUACGAUUCAGGACCAAGACUCGGGCUACAGUAGUAUGAUACGAAGGCGCGGUAAAGAGAAUAGUGCACCAGGAGGAAAACGCGCGAGGAAGGCCCUUUCUCAAGCUUGGGCAUCUCAGGAUAACUCCGAAAUUAGUUUCCUUGUGGAAACACCAAGUAAAAGUUUGGAAGCUUCUACAUUGUUCUCACCUGCAUCUAUGGCACUAGAAGAUAGCUUUUUGACGACAGGAACCAGUCCCACAAAGGCCUGGCCUAGCGUACCAAAGUACCUCAAUCUUUUCCCAAUCCAAAGAUAUUUAUGCUGGAUAGAAUAAUUCUAGUUGCACGGCGCGUAUCUAAAAUGUGAAGGCCUAGUCUUUUUUUUUUUAUUUUGACAUUUGUUCUUAUUGGAAUAAAGUAUUACGAUUUUUCUUACCCUUCUUCCUCGAGGUUUUUUUUCCUUAUUCAAAACAAAAUUUAGAUAGAUCUCUUCUAUUUUUCUUGUAAUAUAAAAUUCAGUAGAAAAGUGAGAAAGUAAUUGAGAGGUUCUUAAAUUAUGAUUUCACAUAAUUUGAGAGGAUGUUCGAUUCCGAUAAAAUCUUGAGCUCAUAGACAGGGAGUAGUAUACAAACAAAAAUCCUUGCCCAGAAUCGUCCUUUAAGUCCUCACCUAAGAGCCUAGUCAUUCCACUAGUUAUGGGCAGUCUUCUCUUUCUUUCUUUUUCUCCAGAAAAGAUGUUGAACACAAAAAGAGAAUACAAUAAAAUGUCACAUCACAAUCCUUUAAUUCUCGAAAAAUAUGAAUUUCGAUCUGUCUCAUUUAAGAUUCAUCUGUCUCUUUUAGUCAAUUACUUGCAAUCUUAAGUCGUUUCUUCCCUUCUCGUACCUUCAAAUUCACUUUUCGAAAUAUACAGCUAAUUCUAUUUUUUCUAAGAACAUCUCUUAUUUGCCGGCUGUAGCUAGUGUGUCUAUCCUUUCCAGACUCCUCACGACUUUACGUCCGUACAACAACGGAAGCCGAAUGCCAAGAGAGCAAUCACGUUUGACGCAUUCGACAGUCCUUA